UCUUCUCCAUGUUUACCUGAGGAAAAACCAAAGCAAGUGCUCUCUCUCUCUCUCAUUGUUGUGCUCUUCUCCUUCUUCUUCUCCUUCUCCUUCUCCUUUAUAUUCUUGUUGAGUUAGAGAGAUUGUGCUAGGCGAGAACGUGCCCGUCGAGAAGAUGUCAAGCUUUAGGAAACCCUUUGGCUUAUCAUCUCCUUUACAUGCGGUUAUCUUCGUCUCCCUUGCCCUCGUCGCUCGCGGGAGGCUCGCCUCCUCGGUGCGGCACAAGCCCCGGCCCCGCAUGCCGGCGUUCAUCGUGUUCGGCGACUCCAUCAUCGACCCCGGGAACAACAACAACAUACAGACGAUAGUCAAGUGCAACUUCCCGCCGUACGGGCGGGAUUUCAUGGGGGGGAAACCGUCCGGGAGGUUCUCCAACGGGAAGAUCCCGCCGGACCUGUUCGUCGAAGCAUUUGGACUUAAACAGUACUUGCCUGCUUAUUUGGACCCGAGUCUCAAAUUAGAAGACCUCCUCACCGGCGUCAGCUUUGCUUCCGGCGCCACCGGUUACGAUCCUCUCACUCCACAAAUCGCCUCGGCCUUGUCGCUAUCGGAUCAACUAAACUUGUUCAAGGAGUACGUGAACAAGAUAAAAUCAGGUGCCGGAGAAGAGAAGGCGUCGUACAUCGUCAAGAAUAGCCUCUACAUGGUGGUGUGCGGGAGCGACGACAUUGCAAACACUUACUACUCGACUCCAUUCAGGCGAGGGGAAUACGACAUACCGGCCUACACCGAUCUCAUGCUCAACUCGGCUUCAAGUUUCAUUCAGGAGCUCUAUGGAUUAGGAGCAAGAAAGAUUAGCAUCCUGAGCAUACCACCGAUCGGAUGUGUGCCUGCACAGAGAACGCUUGAUGGAGGAUUAGAAAGAGCCUGUAAUGCGCCUGCCAAUCAAGCAGCAACCCUCUUCAACUCCAAGCUCAUCUCAGAAAUCGAAUCCCUCAAACAGAAGCUCCCUGGCUCUAAACUAGUCUAUCUGGACAUCUACCAUAAAUUGCUUUCCGUCAUCCAAAACCCUUCGCACUACGGAUUUGAAGUGGCGAAUCGAGGGUGCUGCGGCACAGGGAACAUAGAAGUGAGCAUACUGUGCAACCGUCUGGACGAUCUCGAGACAUGCCAAGAUGACUCGAAGUACGUCUUCUGGGACAGUUACCAUCCGACGGAAAAUACCUAUAAGAUCCUAACGGAUCACGUGAUCGACAAUUAUGCCGACCAGCUUUUAUGAGACCGCUCGGAUUUAUUAGUUGUUUACGGGUGAAUUGUAAGGCCCCCCUGCUUCUUGUUGCAGAUUGAAGUUUCCAUAAGGUCCCCGGCCUCUUGUUAUGGAUUGUAACAGAGGCAGUAGAAUAUCGCACCUGUCUUCUAGCCAUCUUAUUUAUUUUGUUCGGCUCAACAAAAGUGUGAAACAUUGAACUCUUCAUUCAAAGUACUUUCAUUAUCGGAAAUAUGAUGGUACUUAAGCGAA